GUGUGUUUAAGCACCUUGGAGAACUCCGCUCCGCAGCAGAGCGCAGCGCAGAGCUGAAUAGGAGCCGUGCGUAAACUACGUCAGACUUGCGCACAAAAAGCGCAAAGCUUCUGCUCCAUCUGCUGUUGUUUUUCCUUUCAGAUGUUGCAUUCACCGGCCUGCUUUUUGGCUCACACCAGUCCUCGACUCGCGCGGCGCUUUGUGCGCCACGUUUUAUCCGCCGCCCGGUAAGACGACAGCAUGGUUGGUGUGUGUGCGCGCAUUUUGCUGCAGGAUCCACGCGUGUUUAAAGCGCCUCGGGUUUGUGAAUAACGUGGCGUUGUUGUGUCUCCAUCAUGUUGCAGAUCGGGUGUCACACUGGAUUGGCCCACGCAGAUGCCACUCACUCUCCGUGCGCGCACUAUAAACAGCAUGGCCACGAUCGCGCAUUCCAGCCGCUCUAAAUAUAUCCGCUAAGGCCACAGGAGGGGGGACGCUGGCCGAGGUGUUCUAUCCCGGGACAUUUCGCUGUCGAACCUGAGCUUUAUUUCUAGGCUUGCCACCCCCUAAGAGGCCCGAUCCCAACAUGCCCUCGAGUCACAGCGCGAGAUCCAGGACGCGGGAGAGAAACAACGUCUUAAGCAGACCCGAGUUCAUGUCCCUGAACCAGCCGCUCCGGAGCGGCGGCGGCGGUGGCGGUGGCGGCGGCCCCGCCGAGGGCCGAGGCGGCGCCAGGAGAGCGGGUCCGAGCAGGCAGCAAAGCAGCAGCCAGCAGAGCGAAGAGCCCGCCGACAGCGCCACCAAGGACAAGAGGGAACCGGGCAAACUGCCGGAGGAAGACUGCAUGCAGCUCAACCCUUCCUUCAAAGGGAUCGCCAUGAACUCCCUCCUCGCCAUCGACAUCAGCCUCUCCAAACGCAUGGGGGUGUGCGCGCACACGUCGUCCUCCUGGGGAGGAUGUCGCUCCAUGGUGGCGCUGUUGGCGCUCACGGGCCACGGCAUCACGUGGAUCAUUGGCACGAUCGUGUGUCUCACAAGGAGCAACACUCUGGCCGGGCAGGAGGUGCUGGUCAACCUGCUGCUUGCACUCAUUCUUGACAUCAUGACCGUAGCUGGGGUCCAGAGACUGGUGAAGCGCCGAGGACCCUGGGAGAUGGCUCCAGGUUUCCUGGAUUGCGUCGCCAUGGACGUGUACUCCUUCCCAGCUGCACACGCCAGCCGUGCCGCCAUGGUGUCUAAGUUCCUACUGUCCCACCUGGUUCUGGCUGUGCCUCUUCGCAUCCUGCUGGUUCUGUGGGCCUUCCUGGUGGGCGUGUCCCGGGUCCUGCUGGGAACGCACCACCUCACUGACAUGGUAUGUGGCUUCGCUCUGGGCCUGCUGCACUUCAGCCUGAUGGAAACCGUGUGGCUGUCCUCCAGCACGUGUCAGACUCUGAUUUCCAUCAGCACUUUCAGCUGGAGCCCUUUUUUCUGAGCUUCUCCUAGAAAGAUGCGCUAGCUCACGAGGCCAGUUUGGCACUCGUUAAAUUUGCACAGUCCCGGACUUGUCCAGGAAGGUCUUGCAAAGUUAUUGUUGUUGCAAGGAUUGGCUGUAUUUUUUUUUUCUUUUAUGCAGUUUGUGAGCAGUGAAGCAUGAACAUAUAAGAUGUUGGCUUGCCUUUAAUGUUUACAACCCAUCAGGGAGCUCAUAAGAGCUUCUCACGAUACAGAGAUUUGGUUUGGAAUAGAAUAGAUGACACUUUGGGUGGUGAAAAAAUCUGGAAAGAAUUUGUGAAGUUGGCUCGUCUAUGGUCAAAGUAGUUGCCCAUUUGUGUAACACCUGAGAAAAUGAGAAAAUAUUUUAAUUUUUAUGUCAUCACAUUAGAAAUUUAAAUUAUCAAGAUUUAUUUAAAAAAAUAAUAUUGAUUAAAGUCAUAGUGAAAACAUAACUAUACAACAUAAGCUAAGUUAAAAAAAUUUUUCUCAUUUAUAUUAAAUGAUUUCAGUCAGACAACUCUCAUUUGAUCAUCUGGCGUAAAACUUGUGCCACAUCAAAAUGCAGAUCCAAAUCGGAUUUGCUGCGGUGACCCUGAGCGUAAAGGGGUGAAGCUGAAAGAAAUUAGUUUACUUUUUUCAUAUAAAACAUGUACAGAUGUGUUUUACUUUGAAAUUGAAAUGCAUGAUUAUUUUUUCCCAAUUUUUGCAAAAAUGACCAAACUUUUUUGUUAAUUUGACAUCACAAAAAAUAAAUUCAUAAUUUGGCCCCAAAGUUUUGCAUAUAAUGAUAUAGUCAUUUGAUAUCAUUUGAUAAAAUAUCAUCAUAUGAUAUCAUUUGAUAAAAAAAAUAUCCGUAAUUAAAAGUUUUUGUUAUAGAAAAAAAAAAUCUCUGAACCUGUUGCUGCUCCAAAAAUGUAUCUUCAUCUUUACUGUUACUUUCUUUUAUUUUCUUAUCUAAAUUUUCCUGUUUUAUAUGUUUAUGAAAUAUUUAUUUUUUCCUUUCAUUGGCAAGUGAGGUUGUGACAUAGUAUGUGAAUUAUUGUGAACACUAAAUUUGGUUUGUUUAAAGAUUAAUAUUGGAUGUAAUGGAAUAGUUGGAUUUUCUAGUGUUUCUAACUGGCAUGAUGAUGAUGACGAUGAUGUUAAAAUUUACUGUAUCUGAACCAGUUGUUGAUGACUGAUUUACUGUAAACUAAACCUUUGACUUGUACAGUUAAAAAUUUUAAUACCAGGUUAAACGAAAUUUCUUAAUAUCCAAGUGUAACACCUGUUUUUACAGCAGACUGUUCUUUUUUAAAUUGCUUUUUCCCCCAGCCCACACAUGAUCUGAACAGAUUCUCAUGAUCCGUUUGUCCGUCGUGCUAAUUCUGUGUCCCACUAAACAAAUGAAGUGUGCAUGUGUGAGCAUGUGUGCACAUACUGUAUUUACAUAAUCCACCCACCAAAUGCCAUUACUUUGUAAUAUAACUUCUGUUCAAAUCAUUUUUCCGUCAGUAUGGUCAGAAUUUAUUUUCAAGCUAUGUCCUUUUUUCAGUGGAAGUGAAUUGAGACUCAACUGUUGUGAAACAAAAAUGUUUCAGUGCAUAAAGUUUAGUGAACAUUAGCUGUAUGCCAUGUUUUUAACUCUUUUUCAUCUCAUUAUUAAAAAACGAGAUGGACAGUGAAA